UGAAAAUUGUCCAAAAAAGUUCUCUCUUCAAACGAACGUCUUCUCGAUAAUUUCUUGCACGGAUUUAGUUGAGUGAUCAUGGUCCAAACCGAACCCAAUCAGCCGAAUGACCAAGGACGAGAAAGAGAGGUUGAAGUACUUGGAAUUUGUGCAAGCUGUUGUUGUUUUGAAGUACUUAAAUUCGUGGAAGCUGCUGUUGUGGAAGCAGUGCUUCGCUUUGCUCUCAUUUAUGCAAAAGCAAAGAACAAGUCUGGUCCUUUGAAAGCAGGUCUUGAAUCCGUUGAAGGAGAUGUUAAGAUUGUGGCAUACAAUGAAGUGCAGCGGUGUUUUCUGACUGUUGGCUUGGUUUACCCUGAAAAUUUGUUUACAUUUCUUCUUAGCAGGUUAUUUGAAGUUUGGCACCCACAACGGCCUCUUUUGGUUGAUGUUGCAAGGUCUUUGUUAGAGGAGCAAAGUUUAUCUGUUCGAAAAGCUCUUUCAGAGUUGAUUGUGGUCAUGGCUUCACAUUGCUAUCUGGUCGGUCCGUCUGGGGAAUUAUUUGUUGAAUACCUUGUACGCCACGCUGCAGUAGAAGAGAUUGACAAUCUGAAGUACAUUCUUUGGCCUUUCCUACUGAAAAUGAUUAUCCCUAGGGUUUACACUGGCGCUAUUGCUAUUCUUUUGUUCUUGACUUUAUCUAAUUUCCUUUUUAAGCAGAUGCAUAUCUGA